AUGAACGUGGAGUGUGUAAGAGAAAACCUUUGCAUUGUUUUCAAGAAGAUCGGAAAUAUGGUCGGACGACAUCCAUAUUAUUUUAUUGCUUUACCUGUAAUUCUCUCCAUUGUUCUGUCUCCAUUCAUUGUAAGGUCAUUAUCGAACAAACAUUUUUAUAAUAUUAUAACUACCGAUACUGGAAAAAUAGCUGAUACAAAGAAAUUUGUAGAGAAUACUUUUGCAUACGAUUCAGCUGAAUUUUCAGACCAAAUAAGAGCACCCGAUUUCCCCCGCUGCCUCUUGAUUUACUUCUUGAAGAAAGAUGGCGGAAACAUGCUCGAUAAAAAUGUUUUUACAGAAAUAAGAUCUGCCGACGAAAUCAUACAAAAUGUAACAUUCGACAGCCACGGGAAACAAAUAGGUUAUUCUGAUUUGUGCGGUUUAAAAAAUAAUAAAUGUUUCCAAAAUCCGAUUAUCGAAGUAAUGUCGGAGGUAGGUAUAGACUCAAUAGUUCAAAAAAGAAAGAAGUUAAAAUAUCCCAUAGAUAUAGAUUUAUUAUCAUUAUCUUAUAAGAUUUAUUUUGCAAAUUUGGGAGGAGUGACACUGGAUAAUGACAAUUUUGUAGACAGCAUCGAGGCCAUGUUGUUACUUUAUUCGACUGAUGAUAAAGACGAAGAAAAAAGGAAUUUAUUUGAGAAAUGGUCUUUUUCUGUGUAUAGCGCGAUUCAACAAUACAAUUUCACCUAUGUGAUUGUCUUUCCAAAUUCUCCUUUGUUUGUAAGAGCAGCAGUUAGGAAUGAAUUUGACGAUACGAAACCUAAAAUAGGAGUCUUAGUGGCAGUUAUGACUAUAUUUUCGGUGUUGUCGUGCAUGAGUAAUAGUUGGGUGCGAAGUAAACCUUCUCUUGGUGUGGCAAGUGUGAUAUCAGCGGGGUUAGCAGUUCUCUCUUCUUUUGGAUUGAUGUCAGCAUUAAGCAUAGAAAAUGUUUUCUGGAACGCAACUAUUCCCUAUUUAGUACUUGUUACUGAGAUUGAUGAUGCAUUCUUGUUGUUGGGAUGUUGGAGAGUCACCAAUCCCAAGCAUAAAGUUGUGAAGCGCAUGGAAGCGACAUACUGUGAAGCAGGAAUUUCUAUUAUGUUAACUUCAUUUACCAACUUCAUUUCUUAUUGCAUAGGAAUGAUGGGUCCAUUUCCUUUUGUUAGAAUAUUUUGUUAUUACGCAGCUACUUGCAUUAUAUUCACUUUUCUGUAUCAGAUAACGUUUUUCGGGGGUUGCCUAGCGAUAAGUGGAUACAGAGAAGAGAAGAAUCUUCAGCCAUUCGAAUUUGCCUGUAGUAAGUAA